UAUCCUCGUUUACUUGACAGUAGUAGCAUCCGAAAGAAUGUCUCUAGCUGCUAAGGCCAUAUUGCUGUGGAGCGUCGAUAUUUUGGGCUCCAAAUGGCCAAUCUUUACUCUUUCCAGUCGUAUGAGAACUUGCAAUCUCAACUUCUCCACUUCCUCCUCUACCCAGGUGACAAGAUGCUUUGACGAAGAUUGUGAUGAUUUCUUGCCAUGGCUAGAGAAGAGGGCCGGGACAGAAAUAUCAUCGGUGCUUUCAAUUGCAAAAUCAGCUUAUGGAAGGUCACUUUACGCUUCUAAGUCAAUUGAAGUUGGUGAUUUCAUGUUAAGAAUUCCUUUGAAUGUGCAAUUAUCACCGUGUAAUCUCCUUCCAGAAAUUAAUGACAUGUUGAGUGAUAAUGUGGGUGAUGUGACAAAGCUAGCUAUUGUAGUUCUAUUUGAGCAAAGGAUGGGCUUGAACUCUGAUUGGGCUCCAUAUAUAAGUCGUCUUCCACAUCCUGAGGAGAUGCAUAACACAAUAUUCUGGAGCCAAAAGGAGUUGGCGAUGAUUCGCCCAAGCACAUUAUAUCAUCAAACAAUGUGGAAAAAUAUGCAUAUACACAAUGAAUUUUUGUCAGCUAAACCAGCUCUUGAUUGCUAUACUGGAACCUCUGGACAAUUCGACUUUGAUGAUUUUAGACAUGCCUAUGCAUUGGUUGAAUCUCGGGCAUGGAGAAGUACCAAAGGAGUGUAUUUGAUCCCUUUUGCAGACUUUUUGAAUCAUGAUGGUCUUUCAGAGACGAUCGUAUUGUACGAUGACCACACAGGCCAAUCAGAGCAGGUUAUUGCAGACCAGAAGUAUGCACCAGGUGAGCAGGUUUUUAUAAGAUAUGGGAAGUUUUCAAAUGCUACUCUUCUAUUGGAUUUUGGGUUUGCACUUCCUCACAAUAAUCAUGAUGAGGUGACGAUUCAUGUGAAGAUACCUCAUCAUGGUAGCCCUUUGAGCGUAAGGAAGAUGGAACUCCUCAAACGUUUUACACCAAACAUUAAUAAAGAUGUCCACAACUUUCACUCUUCUUGGGAUUCUUUCACUAUCAGGGAAGUGAAGUCUGCUAAAGGGAAAGGAAAGGGAAUUCCGCAGUCCCUCCGAGCAUUUGCCCGCGUCAUUUGUUGCACAUCUUCUCAAGAGCUAGAUGAAUUGGAAAAUGAAGCUUCAAAAGGCGAUGGACGAAUAGCUAGACUCCCUUUGAGAAAUAGUAGCAAGGAAAUUGAAGCUCAUAAAUUUUUGCUGUCACAAAUCACUCUGUUGAUUACUGAGUAUAUCUCAUCUCUAAAGUCAAUCGAGACAACCACCUUGUUAUGCAUGACCGAUAAAUACACUCUCAGAAAGAAGAUGGCUCGAGAUCUUCUCAUUGGCGAGGUUCGCAUCUUGAAGUCGGCUUCUGACUGGCUGAAGAACUAUUGCGUCCAAUUAUUGGAUUUGUAGAAGAUCUCUCUUUCUCACUUUGGAUUUGUAGAUCAAUGAUUUGUUUUGAAAGUGACAAAUACAAUUAGCAAUUGUACCAGUUCAAUUUAGCUAAAAUGAGCCAAUUUUUGGCAAUAUAUACGUUUAACUGAUCUAGUUAUAGAUGUACACGUGUUUAA